AGAUGUGGUUGUUGCAUCCUGCCAUCAGCAGAUGGCGAAAUUCACUUGCGUUGGCAACCUCACAACUAAGCGUCAAGGAAAUUGCAAGUUAUGGCCUUUACUCCUUUACUAGCCUACUUAGUAAAGUGAAACUGGAAAAUGAUUUUAAACGGCAAUAUGUGGCUAGGCUAAACAGCCUAGUUUAGGCCUACUUUGAAAUCGGCUAUUCAGUGUAUCCCAUUAUGAAAAAUGAUUGCUGAUUUCUUGUGAACUAUUUGUUAUUGACUUAUUGUUGUCGACUUAUUCUUCAGUUCUCCUUCAAUGUAUCACUGUGGUAAAAAUAUGAACCGAUAAGAUCCAAGCCCUCAAAAACGCAACGCGCCCAGAAAAGUUUGAGAUGUAUCGGAGACAGAAAUAGACCGAUGAUUCAUUAACACUGCAGUCAGCCCUUGCUUCAGCAGAUGGCUGACACAGAGAGAGUUUACUCGUCUCCCCCGCUUCGCUUCAUGGAUGUCCUCUUCUAUUCCUCCUUUGUUUAUUAUCAUGAAGUACAGAGGGACGUGCGAGGGGCUUGGAGUGUGUGUGUGUGUGUGGAGGGGUGUCACACUGUCACCACUCGUGUUAUCGAUGGGCUGUAGUGCAGACGUGCUUUGGUCAUUUUACAAUAAUAACUUCCAUUUCAUAAGUCAAUUUAGACAUAUGUGCAUUCAUUGUAGCCUACUGCAUGCUACAUUAAUUGUGACAAAUAGUUCGCUACAAUUAGUAAAAACUUUCACAGUAAAAUACUUUCACACUUCACGGUCUCCUCGCUGUGCUAUUAGGUUUUAUGUGUGUAGUGGGUGGAGUUGAAGCGCACUAACUUGACGUAAUUGACAUGGGUUCCUAAGGCAACCUAUCAAACAUGCAUUUCAUCAAGGAUAUUUUGUCACAACCCCCGUUGUGCAUGACCAGAUCAGGCAAGUAGGCUAUGAGAGAGAGAGAAAGAGCGCGCGCAAAGGGAGAGUUGAGAGAGUCUGCGCAGAGUGAAAGAGGCGUCUUAGGAGACACGGAGGAGUUAUGCCACUUUAUGCUCUGACAACUCCAUUCUGCGAAAUGCUUUGACAGUGGUGUCUGCAUACCACUCUCAUUAACCCUUUAGAUCUGACGUGAUUCAGCGGGUGCUCUGCUGUGUUAAGCCAUAGGUGUUUGCUGACUUUGUCUUGGCAUUUUGUUCAGAAGAAGGCAGUGACAACCCCCUUCAAGAUGCAUAUGAAUAGUUUAUUAAACCAGUGGACGGAGAUCUCCAGGAUGUGUGAAGUGGACGUGAGCUCUGAGCCCAGUAGCCCUGCUCUGUACGGGGAGUCAUCUGACACCUACUACCAGGUGGACCGCUGGCAGAAGCUCCGCACCGCCGUCCGUAAGCUCGAGUUCUGGGAGAACUUCACCGCCGAGCUCAUCGGAAGUGGCUUCUUCUCCAAAGUUUACAAGGUCAUGCACAACACCACCCGUAAGGUGAUGGUGGUGAAGAUCUACAAGAAUGACGUGGACCAGGACAGCAUUGUGAGAGAGAUCAGCCUGCUGCAGAAACUCUCCCACCCCAACAUCGUCAGGUAUCUUGGGAUCUGUGUCAAAGAAGAUAAACUCUACCCAAUUCUGGAGUAUGUGAGCGGAGGCUGUCUAGAGGAGCUGCUGGCCAGGAAGGACGUGCCGCUCUGCUGGAGAGAGAAGGUGGACCUAGCCUCGGACAUCACCCGAGGCAUGAUCUACCUGCACUACAAGAACAUCUACCACAGAGACCUCAACUCAAAAAACUGCCUUAUCCGAGUGACAGCGCGAGGCAGGGAGGCCUUGGUUACAGACUUUGGCCUGGCCAGGGAAGUGGUGGAACUUCCUGCCAAGGACAGGAAGUUGUCAUUGGUGGGCUCUGCCUUCUGGAUGGCGCCCGAGAUGUUGCGUGGGGAACCAUAUGACCGCAAGGUGGACGUGUUCUCCUUUGGGAUUGUGCUGUGUGAGAUCCUGGCAAGAAUCCCAGCGGACCCAGAAAUCCUUCCCAGAACACAAGAUUAUGGCCUGGACAUAUCAGCGUUCAGGAAGCUGGCGAGCGGAUGCCCCCAGCGUGUUCUGGAGCUGGCUGCCAGCUGUUGUCUGCUGGAGUCUUUCCGGCGGCCGUCGUUUACAGAGGUCCUGGACGAGUUAGGGGAGAUCGCGGAGACUCUGGAGCCCCCUCACGAGCUGACCACAGGCUGAAGGGGUGCCAGAGGUGGCAUCCACCCUCCAGAUGGACUGUAGUGACCUCAGAUGCUAAUAUGUUACCCUCUAGACACAAGCACCACGUAGAGGACGAGCUGCACCACAUAAGGAGGCAGUCACACGAGGCUGGUGUUGACGAUCCACCAGAGGGACUGAAGAGCUGGUGGACCUGCCCUACACCUCACAGUCACUAACUGUUGUUGGGAUACGGUCAACAGCACCCCCUAGAGGUAGUUAUCUGAAGUCAGCAUGAAGAGAGAAGUGAAUGGUGAGAGCAAAACUUGGAGCAGAGACUGUAUGAUGCUUACUUCUCUUUCGUAUUGCUUGUGUAAAAUUACACUGGUGAAGAACAUCUUUUUUCUGUAUAUUUAGUUUAAAUCUUUUUUAUUGUUGUGAUUAACCACAGAAUAACAUAUAAAUAGAUAUGAAAAGAUGACUACACUUUCACCUUUGGAUCACCUAUCGAUCCUUGUAAUUACGGGUCUUGAAAAAAUCAUCCUGUAACAAGGCGUGAGUGCAUUGAAGUGUGUGUGGUAUUUAGUGAGUGGGUCUGUGUCCAAGUGUGUUUGUGGAUGUGUGUGUCUGUGCACCUGUGUGAGUGUGUACAUCAGUGUUUUGAUAUGAUAAAUUAUAUCUGAAUAUUAUAUUUAUUUUAAAAGAAGAUUUCUUUAUGACCACAAUGUUACAGCUUUAUUUGAAGGACUUGUUUUUAUCAGGACUGAUGUAAAAAACAGACAUGUAGAGGAACUCCAUAGUCACGCCAUGUAUAUUGAUUUGUUUAGAAUAGUCAGGAAUGUACGUGUUUUGAUGAUUUGGUGAUAUUCAUGUCCACUCUUAAAGCACAUACAGUAGACAUUUAUUUUUCAAACCAGACUGUAGGCGAACAUGUUGUGUCAGAUUCAAUUCACUUGGCAUGAGCCAAGUUGAAAAUUGGCACGAGCACACACACACACACACACACACACACACACACACACACACACACACACACACACACGAUACAUACAUGCGUACAUCCCCUGUACAACAAUAUUCCUACAACCAUACAUGAGUAGAUGGGUUGCUCCAGCCAUCUUAUUCCGUCCUGUUUAGAUAGUCCUCUGACAGUUGUGCCUUUUUAAUACGUAAACACCAGCACACUCCACUCUCAGCACUGUGUAAGUCACUGGGUAAGGGUCAGUUACAAGACUGGUCAUUAUCCUGUUCUAAUAUCAUAUUACAGUGUUGAUGCAUAUACCGUAUACUAUUUGAGACUGAACUGACUGUAAGGAUGAGAUCAUUUGUGAACAUUAUUUAAUUGAAAUGUAAGUCCAAUGGAGUUAGUCUAAUAUUUGUUACAUGCCAGGUUGUUCUGUGCAAAUUUCAUACUGUUACAUUUGGUACUACUGGUGCUCAUUAUACAUACUGUGUAGACAUCUGCCUUACUCUUUAAAAAACAUACCAGAAUUGCUUUGCGUUUGGCAGUGUGUACAUAGCCCACAGUUGUUUAUGAAACACUCCACAAGGGAAUUAAUAAAAUCAGCUCAAACCGUUGACUUAUUUUACCUCUGCUAAACGCCCUUCUUCUGAAAAGAAUUAAUCAAUAUUUCACAAGACCAGAGGCUUUACAAGUUCUCUUUCAGUCAAAUUCACAGAGGUUAUAUUCAUAAACCUACAUUUUCUGGACUUUGAAAGUAGUACUACUUAUGAGAUAAGUCCUUAUCUUGUAGUUCUAAUAAUCUGCUUGUCUUGAAAGAGCUGGUGAGCAUUUAGGUUUUUAAAGCAAUCUGCUUUGCAGUUUCUAGUUAUGUUGUUUAAAAAUUAUUUAGUAUAGAUUGACACGUCACAAUACACAUCUUCACCUGUGUUGUCUUACUAAUUAUGUUUAUACUUCAAAACACUUGUGUAUUUUAGAUGUUUCUUUUGUUUAUUUAAGGUUUGUUUAGUAUUUAGUUAUCUGUGACUGUGGUUUUUAUAUGUAAGUAAACAUUGUAUUAAAGUAUCUAUUUGAA